AGGUCAGUUUCUGUUGGAAGAGUCUCGUCUGGGAGAGGCAGCAGCGAUGGCUCAGAAAGCUGCAGCGCUGGACAGUUCGGAGUUUGACGUGGUGUUCAGUGCUGCUCAUAUGCUCAGACAGGCCAGUCUGAAUGAGGCAGCUGAAAGGUAUUAUGGGAAGGCAGCUAAUUUAAGACCUGAUCAUCCAGCAGCUCUGAUGAAUCUCGGGGCGAUCCUCCAUCUUAAUGGGAAGCUGAAGGAAGCUGAGAGCAACUACCUCCGUGCGCUGCAGCUCAAACCAGACGACCUCAUAACUCAGUCCAACCUCCACAAACUCUGGAACGUCAUGCAGAAACAGGGUCUACGAGCCUCCGGGACGUGAUCUGCUGCUGGGACAUCUGCUGAUUAUUUCUUCUGUGGACGUCUGAUAUAGUUUGAGCUGGAAUGUUGUGCCUAUUCAGCGCUUAUGGACAGAUGUUGGUGGAACCGGUAGAAACUUGAACUAGUCUGCGGGAUGAGAGUGAAGAUGGAGAAGUUCUGCUUUGGACCGUAAAGACCCCUAAGAGUUUAAAAGAAACAUAAGUGCACACAAACACAUGAGAGAUGGUGUUUGCAGCAUGCUGGAUUGUAUUCUUCUGAGAGCACUGAAUUGGAUGAAUUUGAGUGAUUAUUUUCCCCCCUGCCCUGACUUACAAAUGCACAAGGCUAAACAUGUCAUCUGUAACUCACACUGUUUUAUGUCUCUUAUUUUUUUUUAAUGACUUUUAAAAAAAGGUUGAAAUUGUCAAUAUGCUGAUAUUUAAAUGCUGCCUCUUAAUUUAUUGUUGGGGAAUCAACGAUUUGUCACCUACAAGGUUUGUUAAUAGAGCUGUAAACCUCAAUGUCUGCCAUCACCUCAAUUUGUUAUGAGGCACUAUUAUGUAGUCCUACUUUUAAUUUCAGGCUUUUUACCAAAACAUUUUACCACAAUAAAAUGUACGUUUGACCAGAAAAAACAUAA